GUCGCAUCACGCCAUCGGAAUCUCCGCCAGCUGCGCAGACUCAGCAGCCCUCGCAUCGUCACGUCAGGGUUUUCCGUCGAACUGCGCGGAUUUAGUCGACUUAUUUAUUUAAUAAGUCGUUAUAUAAUACGCAUAGACUGAAGACACACACAGGCACACGGUGAUCGUCCUCAACCUACCAGCGCACCCAAUGCACCUGUCCUGCUGACAGACUUGAAGCGACAGCGCUGACCUGGAUAACCGCUGAGCCUGUGUCCCAACACUGAGGCAGGCCUCUCCGAGCAGACGGACUCACAGAUACACCAGUGGACAGACAACUGUGUGAGCAUCUCUUCAGCAGCCUGCGGCUCGAGGAGUUACAGCAGCAGCAACAUCCAACACUGCAUCCUCCCUCACCCUGCUCAUCUUUUGUCACUUCUAACAUGGCCGACCCCAGCCUCACGUCGCCCUCUAGGACCCAGCUCCGCUCCCCCAACACUUCUCUCACCCUCUCCUUCCCUUUCCUGAGGGAGGGGAGCCGGGUAUGGGAGGAAGGGAGAGAGCAGCCGCUGCCUCGGGAUCUGCCCAGCCCGCUGCCCACCAAACGCACCCGCACCUACUCAGCUACGGUACGGGCUCACUCAGGUCCGGUGUAUAAGGGUGUGUGUAAGAACUUCUCCAGGUCACAAGGUCAUGGCUUCCUCCGACCCUCCCAUGGUGGCGAAGACAUCUUUGUUCACAUCUCAGACAUUGAGGGGGAGUAUGUCCCAGUAGAGGGUGACGAGGUCACGUACAAAGUGUGCAGAGUCCCGCCCAAGAACCUGAAGGUGCAGGCUGUGGAGGUAAAGAUCAUACAUCUCAACCCAGGGACCAAACACGAGACCUGGUCCGGCCAGAUCAUCAGCUCGUAGACCUGAACUCCUGGGGGCCUGGUGGGUGGUGCAGGGUGGGGCCGGGUGGGGGACGAUGGACCUGUCGUGGGACUGAUAACUUACGUUCUGUGCUCAAAUCUUUUCUUUGAAAACAUGUUUUACCUACACAGCAAGGUGUCCAGAGCUAAUGAUAAUUCAGAUGUAGUUCAAACCUGUUUAAUACACUGCUGAAUUUGCUGUGUAUGUAAAACUGAGCAUUUAUUCACUGUUUGGAAAACGGCACAUUUUAUUUGUUUAAGUUUUGUCAUGACAGCAGUAAUAAAAUUAAGAUUUGAGAUGUGAGGGUAAAGUGGCCAGAGGAGGGUCAGACUUCUGAACUGAAAAUAGCUUAUUGGCCUCAAUUUUCCAUGUAAAGUAUGAAACACUGGGAAAACUGUUAAAAUAACUGUAGCGCAGAUCUGCAAACUGAGGCAUGACAGCUGUGUGAAAGGAAGAGAGCAAUAUGAGACAAAAGGCUGAAUUCAGUUUUACUUCCCUUCUUCGCAGCUGUUAUGCACUUGUUUACUUCACCAAAGUUUCCAAGAUCACAUGUUGGGUUCAACUGUAGGUCAGAUGACUUGUUAUCACAACCUUAAACUGUUUUACAUCAAGUGCAGACUUUGGAAAGAUGAGAAGAACUUUGAAUUCAAGAAUAGAGAUAAUGGACGUAAAAGCAAGUAGUUUAGGAUAUUGAAGUUGGUCAGAUUUUAAUGAUUGUUUUGAUAAGAAAGAAAGUGAAAAUGGCAGGUUCUUGAACACACAAUAUGUAAUUUUUCAAUUAGUUUCAAUAUGGUCCAACUGUGGCCUGUAACUCCUGCAGCCAGAUUCUCCUGGUUAGGAUUGCUUCAGUACUCAGUGUUCAAAAAGUUUUAACAGGGAGCUAUUUAAAACUGGGAAAACACUGAAUAAAGCAGUUUAAUGUUAAAGAUAUGCAUUUCUGUUAUGCUGUUUGGCAGGCAUAGGAUGUCCCUGAGGGGAUCUGAGCCACCGCUUAUGUUUGCUAAGCUUGUUUUCCUGAUAACUUAAAAUCCAGAUGUUCUGGAGGUUUUUACUAGAAGCUGAAUUGGUCUCCUCCUUCCCAAAAACAAACAGACCUGGUGAGUAAAACCAGAAAAAAACACGGAAGAAAGCAAUUUCAUGUGACAAAUUUGUGUUUCUCCAACGAAUACUGAUGAUAAUUUCAGAUCCAGACAUCCAAUGACUAAAACAUUGGAAACAACAAAUAUCUAAAAGUGUUUUGUAAAAAUGUGGCUUAAAACUGGAUAAAAAAAACAAAAAAUUUAUGACAGCUUCUGGCAGACAUCCACAACACCAAUGCAUGAGCAAUGACGUUAUUGACAGGCGACCAAAUGAAAUGGACUAUUACCUUGAUUAAAAUUAAAACAUUUUCUGGUUUGAGGAUUGUUAAAAAUAUUUAAGAUAAUAGAAGCACAUGACUUAGCAAAAUAUAUAACAUAAGUCUAGCCAUUUUUAGAGAAUUUGAUUCAGAAAAGUUACAUAUUAUACCUUUAAACAUGACCUGAGAGGACAAAAAAGGGGAAGUUUUAUUUUUAAAUGGAAAGGGGAAUGUGCUGAAGUCAGAGAAAUGUUAAAGUUAGGAAUACAGUUUGUCAGCAUGAAGGGAGACCUGGACUAAAGCAGACAGAUCACAAAAAAAAGCAUGGAAAUUUUAAAUAAUAUGAAAAAAAGAAAAAAAAUACUGUGAAUGGAAAGUGAUUGCAAGUAUUUUCCUGGAAAAAGCAUAUCCUUCUUUGUAUUGUCUUGUUUGUGGUUAUUUAUUUUAAUUAUUUAUUUUACGAUUUGUUCAGAUUUGUACGGAAGAAUAAUGCAGUCAUGUGAGAAAAUCUUUUUUCCCUGUUUUUCUAAAUUAAUGAGAUAAUUAUCUUAUCAAUAAAAAAAAACAAAAAAACAGGGUAAAUAUUUAUUUCUCAAAUGGUGCUUCCGUAGAUUUGUGUAUCCUCAGAUAACGAGCUCUAUAUUUUGGGUAAUACAGUCAAAAGUUGCACUUAAAAAAAUUUGAACUUCCACUAUGAAAACUGCCAGAAAAAAACUGCUCCAGACGUCACUGUCAGGUUUUUCUCAAUUUGUUGUUUUGUUUAAAAAGUCUGGAGCCAGAUAAACAAAACUAUUUGUAAAUCUCUUUUUCUAUUAUCAGAAAAACAACAUGUAUCUGUGUGUGAUUUAUUAAGCGUACUCAGUGUGAUGGUGAACUACAUGACCUCAUAGUUGGUGCCAAAAGAGAUCAUUGUCACAUAAACGUUGUUUGUAGUUAUUGAGGUUCAGUUCUGUACUGACCUGUAUGUCAUUUUCUAUUAUA